UUUACGUACGACGGCGUCUCGAGAGGAAACGAAGACGAGCUGGCGGUGACGUACGACGCGCACGUAAAAGAAAUAGUGGGUGGGGUAUUGCAAGGGUAUAAUGGGAGCGUCAUGGCGUACGGACAGACGGGUUCGGGGAAGACGCACACGAUGGGCAUGGGUGGCGACAACGCCGGCGCGGGCAUGGCUCGAAGAGUUUUUGACACGAUCUUCGCGAGCAUCGCCGACUGCGAGGCGAUGACGACGGUUAAGGUGUGUACUUCGUUCAUAGAGAUUUAUAAGGACGAAAUUCGGGAUUUAUUGCUCGAUAGUGAGGAUCCAGAAGCGACGGCGACGGCGACGGCGGUGACGAUUCGGGAAAAUCCCAAAGAGGGAGGUGUGUACUUGAACGGAGCUCGAAUCGUACAAGUGAGCGAUGUUCAAGGUUGUUUAGACGUGCUAGAGGAAGGUAUUCUUCGCAGAGCAACGGCGGAGAGUACGAUGAAUGUGCGGUCGAGUCGCUCACACGCGAUAUUGACAAUAAACGUCGAGACAAAAGUUGGCGAUGCCAAGGCGACACUGGCAAAACUUCACCUGGUGGAUCUCGCCGGCUCUGAGCGCGUGACACUCAAUGAAAGUAGAGGUCAACGUUUCAAAGAAGGCGUACAGAUUAAUAUGGGGUUGCUCGCGCUUUCAAACUGCAUAUCUGCGUUGACGGAUGCGAAUAGGCGCGAGUGGGGUCACGUGCCGUACCGAGAUUCAAAGCUCACGAGGUUACUGCAAGAUUCGCUCGGAGGUAACAGUCGAACGGUGAUGUUUGCUUGCGUAUCACCAGCCGACACGAACGCGGACGAGACGCUAAACACGCUCAAGUAUGCCAAUCGGGCCAGAAGCAUUCGGAACAGAGUUGCAGUUAAC